AUGGUGGGGGCUCGCAGGGAGAAGACUUUGGGGGGCGGGGGACCUGUUAAGAAGAUGAAGGCAGACUUUCUGAAAGGGUUGCCGGUUUACAACAAAAGCAAUUUCAGCCGAUUCCAUGCAGACUCUGUAUGUAAGGCUUCGAACAGGAGACCGUCAGUUUAUCUCCCCACGCGGGAAUACCCCUCGGAGCAAAUCAUUGUAACGGAAAAGACAAACAUACUUUUGCGUUACCUACAUCAGCAGUGGGACAAAAAGAAUGCUGCAAAGAAGAGAGACCCGGAACAAGUGGAUCUCGAAGGCGAAAACUCUGCCCCACCCCGCAAAAUCGCCCGGACAGACAGCCAAGAUAUGAAUGAGGACACUUAAAACUCUCACUUGUUUUCUGUGUUAAUAUUUACAGGCGCUUCCAGAGUGGGUUUUUUUUUGGGGGGGGGCGGUCUUUCAGCGUGUAUUCACACACAGAAAUGCCCACUACCAGCCACUGGAGUUUCCUUUCUUUUUCUCCCCUGCUCUUUUCCACUGUGCAGCCCAAACCACUUUUGACUUCGUAGGAGCCAAUCUAUUUAUUUUGUUUGUGUGUGAUAGUGGGGAGGCGCGGGGGGGAGGGUCUCCUCUUCCAUUUUUCUUUGGAAGUAUUUAUGUUCACUCACUUGCUUCUGUGCUGGAGCAAGUCAGGAAAAAUGAUGUUUAAACUGUGAUCAAUGCCUUUUUUUAAAAAAAAGAAAAUAAAAAAACAUGUUUGUGGCUGCACCUUCCCCACCUCCUACUAACAUGAACUGUUUUCCUGUGGGGGAGGCCAGCUCAUGUUAAUAGUGGCCCCCCUUCCCACCCACUUCUCUCUCUCCAUGAUAGAAAGGCCCAUGCCAUCCGUUGCAUUACUGGCGUGUGAUUAGGACUGAGUUCGCUAGUUGUAUCUUUCUACACACUUAAUAAAGAAGUAAUUUGAGGAACUGUGGGUGGGGGGGCAUUUGCUUCCCACAGAUGUACCCCUAAUGCACCAUUUCUGAAAAGAAAGGAAAUAUCUGUGAUGGUUCCCCUUGAGUUGAUGGUCUGGUCAGAGGUGUGGUCUGCGCUUCCAAGGAGGGUUUAUUUCCACCGUUCACACUUCAGCCUUUCUCCCUCUACCCUUGUGUCCUUCCUGGGGAGCCCACUAGGGCAUCGGCCAUAGAUUGAGGUAAAACCACAUCUCAGCUCACUCUCUGCGUCUGUCUUGUUCGCUCGCUCGCUCCCCUCUUUGAACAGAGCACUUCUGUGCAACUUCUUGAAUAGAAUAAAUAAGAAUAUUUCUCACCA